AUGUCCACUCCUGCUUCGGACAACGGACCUCGGUCUAACAGGCCUCGUCCUGACCCUGCCAAGUCUGGUAUCGACAUCAAGCUCGACCAGCACUGGUCCUCAAAGUCAUACACUUCUGGUUCCAAGAUCACUGGCAACGUCAUCAUCAACACCCAAAGAGAUGUUGCCUAUGAUGGAUUCGACAUCUUCUUCACCGGCAUUGGUUACACUCGUGUUGACUUCCUCAGCCAGUACUCCAGUGCCAACUAUGCUUCUCGUCCUUUCAUGAAGCUCCGUAUGCCUCUCAGCCCUGCAGACUUUCCUCGGAACCAUGUUUUCGAGGCUGGUCGUACAUACACAAUCCCCUUCCACUUUGUGGUUCCUCACCAGCUCACUCUCAGUGCUUGCAACCACACUGUUGAGCAUGAGGGUAUUAGGGACCAACACCUUCAGCUCCCUCCCACUAUGGGCUUCUGGGAGCGCAACGACCAGUCCCCCGACAUGUCUCAUAUCGAGUAUGGUAUCCGCGCCGUCGCCACCAAGAACAGCGCUGAGGAUGGACGCUCUGCACCUUUGGAUGCCUUCCACAUGAUCAAGGUUCUUCCUGCAGUUCCCGAGGAUGCUCCCCUUGAGAUUGGUCCCGACGAUGAGCGCUACUGCCUCUCCAAGACCAAGCCUAUCCGCAAGAAUCUCUUUACUGCUAAGCAGGGCGAGUUGACCACCACCGCAUCCCAGCCCAGUGCUAUCAUGCUUUCUGGCAACUUCCUCAACGCCAGCGGCACCAACUUGAAGGUCAACUUUGAGUUCAAGUCUACCUCCAAGGAUGUCACUCCUCCCAAGAUCAACUCGGUCAGCGCGAAGCUUCACUCGACCACUUUCUUCAGCAGCACUCCCAUGAACCACCUCCCUAACCUGGGUGCUCGCAUCAAGCAUGGAAGCACCCCUUCGCUCACAUACUCCACCACCACACCUGUCCCCAUGCGCGCCGACACCCAGCUGGUUUGGGAGAACGAGGCUCCUGCCUCACGACGAGACUCUGGCUAUGACAGCGCUUUCUGGAAUGAGGGAGAAUCUUCCGAGUCGGACGACGCCCAGCGAACCAAGAAGGCUAGCAAGUACAACGUCCGCCGCUAUGCUACCCUCGAUGUCCCCUUCAACCUGCCCACCAGCGGCAACAAGCUUUUCCUGCCAACAUUCUACUCUUGCAUCAGCGCACGCGCAUACAUCAUUCACCUCACCCUCUCGGUGGGACCUAUGAACACCAACAUCAACCUCAGCAUUCCCGUUCAGAUUGCCGUCGAGAACACCUACGACCAGGCCGACGAUGAUGAGCUUCCUUCAUUCGACGCCGCUAUCGCCGAAGCUGAGCAAGGCGAGAUCGACCACCUGCAGUCGCGCCUGAUGCAGAUUCCUUCUGAUCGCUAUAUGGGCAACAGCAUUCUUCCUGGCUAUGAGGAUAUGCGAAUGCGUCCUGUGGCAGUUGCUUAA